UUCAGGCUGCAGCCCUGGGAGGAGAUAAAUCAGUUAUGGUGCUUGGGUUGGGCAUGGUGUGCCCUCAGGGUGCUGCUGUGUGAGGAGGUUUGGGACAGUUUGUUGCCUUAUCUGCCGGCAGGAGUUAGGGCUGGCAGCGCUGAAAUGGGCAACUCAGCAAGCCCCAGGGAUCAUUACUUUGUGUAAUAGAUGCCUGAGGCUGUAGUGCCAGCCUGCCAUCACCUGAGAGCUGCCACCUUCUCUCCCAGCAGCCCUGUUGCCUUCGCAUGCAGCCUCUGACGCUUUGCCUUCCCUGUUGUUGCCCUUCCCAUUACUCUCCUUGACUCAGAACACUUGUGUUAUUUUCAUGCUUGAUUUUCCUCUUGCUUCUUCUGCGGUGCUGUGCUAACAGGAGUAAAUCAAAGCGGACAGCUGUACAUCAGUCCUCCGGAGGGAAGGUCCACCUGCCUAUGUGUGCCCCCUCAUUCUCAGGAAAUGUCCAGCGUUUCCAAUUACGCCCUUCGAAUGGCCCGUCUGAGUGCUCAGAUCUUUGGAGAAGUUGUCAGGCCAACUGACACAAAAUCUAUGAAAGUAGUGAAGUUAUUCAGUGAGCAGCCUUUAGCCAAAAAGAAGGAGGUCUACAGCUGGUAUCCUCCUCACAACACCUACUAUGCCCUCAUGAAGAAACUCCGCUACUUUGGUCUCUACAGGGAUGAGCAUCAAGACUUUAAAGAGGAGAUGAGGCGGUUGAAAAAGCUCCGUGGGAAGGAAAAACCAAAGAAGGGAGAAGGAAAGAGAGCUCUCAAGAAGAAAUAGUGCCACUUCGAUAACACAAUGAACUACUCGGGAAGUGCUGGAGAACAGCUGUAAUGCAUUCUGUUCCCAGAAUGGAGAGGGCCUGGCAUGCGAGCUGUGUUUGGGGCACAAGAAACACAUUGUGAAAUACUGGAAUCUACCUUGAAGUGCACUUUGGUCUUUGUGGUUUUAUUUCUUAAUUUCUGUAGUUGAAAUAUUCUGUAUAUGUUAGCACAUGAGUUUGUCAUGAGAGUCCUCUCCAACCCAAGCAGUAACAACAGUAGUUUAAAACAAAAAAAAAAGGCACUCAGUUCUUGCAUACAUCUGCAGCCCUGUUCCAGCUUUUCUGGAUCUGGAAAAUUGUUUAUUUUCUUUAUUGUCCAUUUUACUUUCUUGCAUUAAUAUCGAUGCAGUUUUGCAUGUGACCACAAAAAAUAUUUCCUAGUCCUACUGCUGCGUGUUACCUUGCCUAUAGUGAUGAGUUUUGCUCCAGGUAAAUUCUGUUGAUAAUUUUUUUCUGAAAUUGCUGUUAAAUCUAUGGUUUUGUGGUUUACACUGAAUAAUUAUUGAUGUUCCAUUGCCUGACCACUGCACUUUCAUGAAUACCCUGAAUAUUUAGGUACUGCUACAGAAGAGGCUGAGAAACGAGGGUUCAAACCACUUUCAAGACCCCCUGCUAAUUAAAAUACAAUAUUUAAGCAUACUGUAAUAAGAGGAUUUUGAAUGUAGUUUGCCUGGAGGACUGGGGUGAAGUACUUUAUAAGGUACAAAACAAUUUUAUGGAUAUGCAGUAAGUGUUUUUUUAUAGCUAGGCUCCUUUGUCACUAAUAUUAAUGCUUACAUAAAUUACCAUUUUUAGCUGUCAGUGCCUGUCAGGGAACAGAAAGUACAGAAGGUAAGCGAGCUGCUCUGCCUGGCCGUGUGUGCAUCUUGCCUGGGUGUGCCUUGAAACUGUAUCUUUAAUUUCCAGGCCACAUAAACCUAGAGAAACAGCCCUGAGGUAUUAAAGGAGAGCGAUUCAAAGUGUUGAGUGAUUGGAGCAGAAAGUGUUUGCACAAUUAGCUUGGGGUGUGCUUGAUUUUGCAUACAGAGGCAUUCUAAAGUAGGUAGCAACUGACCUGGGGACAUUUUUAAAGCAAGCUUAUUGAAAUUUAAGUGUAUUUUAAAGGGAUCUGCCUGAUCAUUGAAACCGAUGAAGCUACAUAAAUUUGUACCAGCUCAACACUUUUACUUCACCAAGGUUAUUAAUGCAAGUAGUGCCAGUUGUGCUGGAGGUGGUUUUGGUGAGCUGUGUAGCACUUGUUUAGUACCUGUACUGAAGUGCUAACUGGUUUUCUAAGCUCUUGAAGGCUGUGUUGUGGGAGAAGUGCCUGGCUUCUUACCACAAUCAACAACACGCUACAGAAAUGAGUAAGAUACAAUAUAUAUGUAGCUGCGGUGGCAAAUUUCUGUCUUACUCUAAAUUAGUAAUUUACUCCUUUUGCUCAACUCCGAUGUGCCUGUGGCAUUGUGAUGUUGUACACAUGAUGCCUUGUGAUUUAGCUGGCGCUGAAGUCUGCAGAACCUGCGAUGGGCUCUUGGAGAAGCGGUCUGUUUGCUGGCAAUUCCUGUUCAGGAUGGAGAGCACAUCAUGGAGGGAGGUGUUAGCUGGGAGAGGGGAAUCGCCUGAGGAGAAAGUAUGGCUGCUUCAUGAUGCUUUGUUUCUUGCUGUGGCUGUGUGUGUGUGGAGGCUGCUCUGUUGGUUUGUUUGGUUAGAGGGACUAGUUCUCAGGCUCCACAGCCGAAUUAUUGUGACAGCCGUGGACUGCUGGUACCCAUGGUGAAGUGUUCAUGUGCAGCACUUAGAGCUUUAAUAGUAUCAGUGUGCAAGAGGAAGAGUGAAUGCAAUAAAAAAUGCUUUGUAGUCUU